GGCGUGGCCCGUCCCUCUAAGUCACCUCAGGCUCUGCGCCCCCCCCCCGUCCCGCCCCUCGUAGUGGCGCUCUCGCCAUCUUACCCCCACCCCCUCCAGCCUAGCUCAGUCACCUUUUCCCUUUCUACAAUCUCUGGCCCCCCCCCACUCCACGCCCCCCCUGCCCGUCGUGUCCCGGGGCCGCCGCCGCCGCAGACACCGCGCCAUCUCUGUCCCCUCUCAUUCUCCACGCGGGACGCGCAGCCGUGCCUCCACGUGUCUUAAGCAGAGAUGAAUAAUACUGCAGCUAGCCCGAUGUCUACUACCACUUCAAGUAGUGGAAGAAAUGCAGGGAAGACUAUAAGCUUUGCGGCCGAGUUGCAGAGUAUGAUGUUUUCUUUAGGUGAUGCUAGGAGGCCUCUCCAUGAAACUGCAGUUUUGGUAGAAGAUGUGGUCCAUACACAACUAAUUAACCUGUUACAGCAAGCUGCAGAAGUCUCUCAGCUUCGAGGAGCAAGAGUGAUCUCUGCUGAAGAUCUUCUGUUCUUGAUGAGAAAAGAUAAGAAAAAACUUAGAAGACUUCUAAAGUACAUGUUUAUCCGAGACUACAAGUCAAAGAUCAUCAAAGGCAUUGAGGAGGAUGACCUCCUGGAAGAAAAACUGAGUGGCAGCAGCGGUACAAACAAGAGACAGAAGAUCGCUCAGGACUUGAUCAACUCUAUUGACCAGACAGGAGAGCUGCUGGCAAUGUUUGAAGACAACGAGCUUGAUGAUGUCAAACAGGAGAGAAUGGAGAGAGCAGAAAGACAGACUCGUACUAUGGAUUCAGCUCAAUAUGCAGAAUUCUGUGAAAGCCGACAGUUAAGUUUCUCCAAAAAAGCUUCCAAAUUCCGAGACUGGCUGGACUGCAGCAGCAUGGAGAUAAAGCCCAAUGUCAUAGCUAUGGAAAUCCUGGCAUAUCUGGCAUACGAAACAGUGGCCCAGUUGGUAGAUCUGGCUCUUCUUGUGAGGCAAGAUAUGGUGUCCAAGGCAGGGGACCCCUUCAGCCAUGCCAUUUCUGCAACCUUCAUUCAGUACCACAACUCUUCUGAGGGGUCCUCCUGUUUGAAGUCCAGCCCAGACUCUCCUGAGAACACACCUCCUCCUACACCAACAGCCCCCUCUUCUGGAUCACAGCUCUCAGGUCGAGCUGCGUCUGGUUCUUUGGGGAAUGGGAGCACAGGACAGGACACUGCCAAAACCAAGCAGCGGAAGAGGAAAAAGAGCACUGCGGCCUGUGGUGUCGAGGCUCACAGCGAUGCCAUCCAGCCCUGCCACAUCAGAGAGGCCAUUCGACGCUACGGCCACAAGAUUGGCCCUCUCUCCCCAUUCACAAGUGCCUACCGAAGGAAUGGGAUGGCUUUCCUGGCCUGCUGAGGGGACCAUGGCCGUGCCUGCCUCCACGAAGAGGGAGUGGUUCACCGAGGUCAUUCUUGCCUGUCCUGCCGGAAAAUAAAACAGAACUUUACCUUCUCCUGCCCUA